AUGGGGGAAUCUUACAGUACUGUGCAGGAAAAGCAAGUAAAGCUUGCACAGGGACAUGUAGCGGCAGUGGAGAAGUACUACGGUCUCUUCUGUGAAACACUUGGAUCCGUCAUCCGGAAAUCAGCAAGACUGCGGAAUAAAAGUGAUAUAUUUGUUCACCAACUGAAAGCUUAUGCCGAAACUGAGAAACUAAGUACCACAACUAAAUCCAGUCUGCUCACUUUUGUUGAAAAUCUGUCAACAGUUCAGGAUUACAGGAAUGCUGAAGUGCACAGGCUAGAAGCAAAAGUGCUGAAACCGCUGACAAAAUAUGGAGAGCUGUGUAAAACUAUGAAGAGUAGCAUCAAAAACAGCCAGAUUGCUUGGACAAGAGAGAGGAAGCAGUCAGAAAAAUUACAAAAACUGCAGCAGAAAGUGCCACAACCAACACCUCAAAUUGCACAGUCAGAGCUACAGAAAACCCACCAGCAGGCAGUGUUACAUGAUGAGCAAUUGCUGACAGACGUGGACCAGUUUGAGAGGAGUAAACUUGCUGACAUGAAGUCUGUUUUGAGAGAGUUUGUCCACAUUGAAAUGAUCUUCCAUGCAAGGGCACUGGAGUAUUUGUCCAGAUGCUAUGAAGCCACCCUGCAAAUGGAAACAGUUACAGACAUGGAUUUUCUUCAAGCAACACUUUGUGAAAUUUGUAAUGUUUCUAAAACUUUCUCAGUCGGCACCUUUCCG